AUGGAGUCCUCAGAUCAGGCGAAACGGGUCAAUGAACUUGAAGUACGUGUUGCACAGUUAGAGAGAGAAAAUGCAGAAUUGCGCUCGAAACGUGCUGCUGAUGAAGUGACAGAAGCAAAACAAUUGGAUGACGACCACGACAAGAACGAAGAUCAGCUGACGCCCGCACAAAUCGAGAGAUAUUCACGACAGCUUCUCAUCGCUGGUGGUUUUGGAGUCACAGGACAGCUUGAGCUGUUAAAAUCAUCGGUUCUAAUUGUGGGUGCUGGUGGGAUUGGUUCGACCGUAAUCCUCUAUCUAGCAGCAUCCGGGGUGGGAAAGUUGACGAUUGUGGAUUUUGAUGAAGUGGACAUCUCCAAUUUACAUCGACAGAUCAUUCACAGCUCUGAAGACGUUGGUAUGAAUAAAGCUGAAUCAGCACGAAAGGCUGUGGAAAGAAUCAACCCUUCCAUACAGGUCGAGAUCCUCAAGAUGCCUCUGUCAUCGUCGAAUGCACUACCCAUUGUGUCGCAGCACGACUGCGUUGUCGAUGCCAGCGACAACCCACUCACGCGGUACACAGUGAAUGAUGCAUGUGUACUGGGCAAUGUACCGCUUGUAUCUGGUUCUGCAAUUGGAUGUGAGGGACAGUUAACCGUGUACAACUACAAAGGUGGGCCAUGCUAUCGCUGUCUAUAUCCAAAACAAAGUGUGUCGGAAGGAAGCAAGACUUGCUCCGACAACGGAGUAUUAGGACCAGUUCCUGGACUAGUUGGGAUUUUACAGGCCAUGGAAACUAUCAAACUGCUUACGGGUUUUGGGCAUGUAAUGUCUGAUCGGUUGGCCAUGUACGAUUCCUUAGAAUGCUCCUUCUUGCGCAUCAAGAAGCCACCGAAGCAAUCUUCAUGUGCCGUUUGUGGACCAAAUGCUACCAUCAAAACCAUGGAUGAUAGCUACAACGCUUCAUCAUCUUCGCGAGGACCAAGUUGCGCAACCGCUGCCUCUUCGCCACCAGUGCCAACUUCAAACGAUAUUUCUUGCACUGAUUAUUCUUUGUUGCGAAAGAAUAAUCAGCCACAUAUUCUGUUGGAUGUCCGCGUGAAGGAACAAUAUGAGCUAUGCACCCUAGAUGGAGCAAUAAAUCUGCCUUUGGAAGAAUUGGAGGGGAAACUAUCUUAUGUGGAAAAUCUCUCAGAUGGAACAAAACCAAUCUUUUGUUUGUGUAGACGAGGCAUUGCCUCGGCAAUGGCUACAAAUAUGCUGUUGGAAGCCCAGCAAAAGCAUCCAAACCUUCAUUCAGUGAUGAAUAUCAAAGGUGGACUCAACUCUUGGCGAGAUUCUGUUGACAGCUCCUUUCCCAAGUAUUGA